UAAUGAAACUUUCUUUUCUAUUUCUGAUGUCAUAUAUGAUAUAUUGCGUUAUACUCACCUUUGGCUAGGGCUUUGCAUCCAAAAAGAAGGGCAUCAAGUACGAAGAGAAUCCUCAAGAAGCUUCAGCUCCCUCUCCCUACAGCCCCGAUGAUGCGAAAUCAGAGAAUGUCCGUUGUUGAUUGAUAAAAAAUCGAAAAUUGAAUGCGGGAAUUAGUUGCCAAAGCAGGGUGAAAUUUUUAUGGAUUGCUUUUUGAAAAGUGUUUAGUGGACAUGUUUUUAUAUGAUUGAUUUUUGCAUGUAUUCGGUUUGUAUUUCAGGAGUUAGAGAAGAACUUAUAGGUUCUUUGUUUUUUCGAUAAACCGGACUGUCGUGUGAUUUUUCUUAUUUGCAAUGAGUGAUGAUAAUUGUAGGUUGUCUAAAAAUCACAAUAGAUAGCUGAUCCUCAUCAAACACCGAUGAUAAAAGUUACAAUCUGAUGACUUUCAGAAGGCUAUAAUUUGACUUUCGUAAUAACUGAUGAAAGUUAAAGAAAUAAACUGUAAUUGCUAUAGUAAGUAGAAGUUAUAGAAAUUAAAUGCUAUUGAUACUAUUGGUUGCAAAUAUAUAUGUAAAUUUUAUGAAAAUUUUGUUUUCCUCCGUGAAAUUAGAUCCCAAAACUAGUCAGCCGACUUCGAUUUUCAUAAUCUUGAAAGACUACAUAGUGUCCAAUAGGAGGUUAUGCAUGAUGAUUGUGAGGUGGCAGAACCUACAGUUGUGAGAGGAGGAGUAGUGACAAGAUCUAGGCCACCAGUGAAGGGAGAGUCUACACGUUGUGAUAUAGGGUUGCCAGGGUGUGGGUUAUGAUUUUAUUAGCGGUUUGGGUGUGAAUAAGGUCGUAAUGAGGAAAAGGAGUCGAAGCCGGUGGAAUGAUGAUUGGAGGUUAUGCAUGGUGGUCACAAGAUGGCAGAACCUGCAGUCACAAGAGGAGGGGCAGUGAGCGCAUCUAGGCCGCCAGUGAAUGGAGAGAGUCUACGCGUUAUGAUGUAGAGUUAUCGACGAUGGGUGAUACAACGAUGAGAGUUAGGAUUUUGUUAGCGGUUUGGGCGAGAGUAACAUCGUAAAGAGGGAAAGGACUUGAAGCCGGUGGAAUGGUGAUCGAGGUCAUGCAUGAUGGUCACAAGAUGUCAGAACCUGCAGUUGCAAGAGGAGGGGCAGUGACUGCAUUUAGGCCGUCGGUGAAUGUAGAGAGUCUACGCGUUAUGAUGUAGAAUUGCCGGUGUAACAAUAGCGAGGAUUAGAAUUUUGUUGGCGAUUUGGGUGAGAGUAAGAUAGUAAUGAGGGAAAGGAGUCGAAGCUGGUGCUGAAACCAUUGAGGGGAAGCGUGAAGAAACCCCUCAACAGCACGGAGAUCGAGGAAGAAGUUAAGAGGUGUUUCUAGGAUAAAGGAGAUGACUCUGAUACCAUGAUAAGUGUAAAAGAAUGCUUGAUAUUUCAUACAUGCAUGAUGACCUGCAUUCAUACAAGAUGAAAUUUAAUAUGGAAAAAGCGCCAAUAGAAGUAGAAAAUAAAAUAGAGAAUACACUAGCUAAUAUAAGAUUAUUUCUUACCUAAAAGAAAAGAUAGGAUAUCAAGAGAAUAUAUAUUACUAUCUUUAACACAUUGAACCCCUUUAUAUGUGAACUAAUUCAAUGAUUGAUGUCCUUUGGGUUUAUAUUUAUGCCACGGACUGGUAUCUCGAGACAACCAUAUACACAUAUAUGACCAUAUACACAUAUAUGACAUAACUUUAAAAAAAUAAAUAAAAAAUAAAACUAAAUCUCACUUAGAUUGGAGUGGGUUUUAAUCUAAAUAUCCUUUGCAUAUUUUACUCUUGCAUCUUGUCUUUUUACAUUAGAUGAAGAAAGGGGAACCCGUUACGUUACUUAUUAAGAUUAAAAAGAGCAUGCUAUUAAUCGUUACCAUUAUUUGCGGCAAUCUUUAAAAAUCACAACUGUCUUUGACUUUUGUUUCAUAAUUUCAGUGUCUCCAUAAUUAAUGUCGUCAUUUAGUGAUCUAAUCUCUCAAUUGAGUUCUAAUAUAGACCCCUAAAGACAACUUGAUAACAACCGCACGUGAAUGAAAAAUUCAUUAGAAUUAGCUUCAACACAGAAUUCUUUACGUACCCAACAAUUCUUCAUGGAGCACCAAAGGUGCAGGUCUAAAAAUAAGGUAACCAACUAACUAACUACAUAAUUAUCUCCUAUUUAAUAAAGUAACCAACUAACUAACUAAGUAAUUAUCUACUCUCCUCCCUAACGUUAUCAACAGACAAAAUUCUAGGCCCUUUACCAUGCCGUCAUCAUACUCUCCUCCCUAACUAUAUAAACCCCCUCUCCCCUCCAAAAACUCUAAAACCUCUCUCUCUUUCUUUCUUAACCAACAACAAUGAAAACCCUAACCAUCCUCUUCUUUUUCCUCCUCCUUUCUAAAUCUCACGCCGACUGCGACUGCUCUGUCGUUGACGACUCCUCUUACCGCAACAAGCACGAGGCUCUCGUCCUCAAGAUCACCGCAAUCUUCUCCAUCCUCAUCGGCGGUUUCAUUGGAGUCUGCAUCCCGAUCCUCGGGAAGUGGGUCCCAGCUAUGCGUCCUGACCGCGACGUGUUUUUUGUGGUGAAGGCGUUUGCGGCGGGUGUUAUAUUGGCGACCGGAUUCAUCCACAUCUUGCCUGAUGCGUUCGAGAACUUGACGUCCCCGUGUCUGAGCGAUAAGCCGUGGGGGGAGUUUCCGUUUACGGGGUUUGUUGCGAUGGUGGCGGCUAUCGGGACGCUGAUGGUGGAUAGUUUGGCGACGGGGUAUUUUAAUAGGAGGCAUUUUAAAGUUGAUGAUGGACAAAAGGGGAAGGGGGAUGUUGAGGACAAUGAGCAUGUGCACGUGCACACUCACGCCGGGCACGGGCACGCUCAUGGGAGUGUUCCUGGUGGUGAUGGAUCGUCGGAGUUGAUCCGGCAUCGGGUUAUUUCUCAGGUUCUUGAAUUGGGUAUUGUUGUUCAUUCUGUAAUUAUUGGAAUAUCAUUGGGUGCAUCGGAGAGCCCCUCAACUAUAAGACCUCUUGUCGCUGCUCUGACAUUUCAUCAGUUUUUUGAGGGUACAGGUCUUGAAGGAUGCGUAGUGCAGGCAAAAUUCAAAGCUCGGUCAAUGGCUAUAAUGAUUCUAUUUUUCUCUCUCACAACACCUGUAGGAAUUGCUAUAGGCAUAGGGAUAUCAUCAGUGUAUAAUGAAAACAGCCCAACUGCUCUCAUUGUUGAAGGCAUUCUUAAUGCAGCAGCUGCAGGAAUUUUGAUUUAUAUGGCACUCGUCGAUCUUCUUGCUGCAGAUUUUAUGAACCCUAAGGUUCAGGGUAAAGGAAUUCUUCAAGUAGCCGUUAAUGUCUCGCUUUUAGUAGGAGCAGGAUUGAUGUCUUUGUUGGCUAAGUGGGCCUGAUGAAAAUGUUCAUACAUAUCUUUUCAAUUUUUGGAGAAUUUCUUUUUUUUUUUUUAACAUUUUGAUGAAGGUUGUCUGUGUUUUCUAAAUCUCAAGAUUGAGUUUAAGUUCAGCCAUACUACAAUUUA